AGUGUGUGUCUGAGCCAAGAGCCAACAUCAAGCAGUCUUGUGGUCGGUUAGUGUCGGCGUUGCCAUGGUUACCCGAUUUCUGGAGGGAAGGAAGUGAGACGGAGCGGCGUGGAAGGCGGGAAAAGGAAGAACCGAUUGCUGAGGGAAAUGUGAAGAAAAUACAUUUCCAACCAGGAGCGAAGGCAAAGUUGCGGCUUCAGCGCCUGUCGAAAUCGGUUGAAACAGCGAGAUGGUGUUGGGCAACAGUAGUGAGGUGCCGUCUGCGGCCAGUGACAUCUCGCCCGUCACCCUCAGCUCAGACUGGAGUCGCGUGGCCAGACUGCUUCUAGUCGUUGGAUUGGCUGUGGUUGGCAGCAUUGGAAAUGUCUACAUGAUCAGUGCUGUCAUGAUAGAGGACUACCUUAAGCGGAGAGGCAAUGCAUUCAUAGUGAACAUAGCGCUGGCCGACCUGCUGAUCACAGGCGUGGUGAUGCCAGCCUCCGCUGUGGUGAUUCUGGCCGGUCUGCAGGACUCGCCGCUGGUCUGCCAGUGCCAAUGGUUCCUGGCCAUCCUCUGCUGGCUGGUCACUGUCCUCUCCCUGGCGGCUGCUGCGGCCGAGAGCUAUGUGCGUCUCUGCUUGUCGCCUGAAUCCUACGCCAUCCUAACCACCAGAAACAUCACCGCCACUAUCCUACUGAUUUGGAUCGCAUGUUUGGCUGCUGACGUCAUACAGUUUAUCUACGACUUGGGCCCCGAUUACUGUCGGAGGAGGUUUUCUGGAGUUGUUCACUUCCAAGCAACCGUUGCAUUUGUGUUCGUGGCCAUUCCAGCCCUGCUCACCUCCACCUUCUACAUACGCAUCUUGCUGCAACUGCUGAAGGCUAGGAAACACCCAGGAUUUAAACCUCCUGUACAGUUCUCCUGGGACUACUCCCUCAUGAAGACAAACAUGUACAGCUUCUUGCUGUUCUUCUUCUGCUGGUUACCGUUUGGGGUCAUUCUAGGAGUCAAGUCUAUCCAAGACAUAUCACCUCGGACGUUCUACAACCUGGCUUGGCUCGCUCUCAGCAAAUCCUGCAUAAACAGUCUUCUCUACUGUAUUGCCAACCGCCAUUUUCGGGUCGCCUACAACAAUCUGUUCCAUUACUGUUGUUGCAAAACUACGGUGGCAUUCUCUAGGCGGCCGAGAGCUGACGGUACUAGGCCUACAGGUGACGUGAGGGUCCACAUUAUUCCCGGCUACAACAUGUACUCCUACACAAGUCCUCAGCGCACACGGGACGCCUCAUCCGGAGGAAAACGAUCGGGUGGCAUGUCAAGGUCGAAUCGAACCAAUGGCCGUGAUGUGUAUGAGUUAUGAUCUGUGAAUGGAAGCAAGAAAUUCGCAGGUAAAGGAAAGCUAGUUACUUUGGAGAUUAUGACCACUUCAUACUGAAUAAGCUCCUCAAACUGGAAUCUACACAGUACUUGAGAACAUAUGAAAAUUCCACUAAUGAGGCUAUAGAAGUCAAAAUAAUUCACUAUGGAAUUAUGUGAGUCAAGAAAUAUUUCGACUGAAGUUAUAAAAAUUGUGACUUAAGUCGAAAAGAUUUUGACUGAAAUUAUAGAGAGGUAUCGAAACAAUUGACCAUAUGUAUGAAUCUCAACAAUAAUUAUUUACUAAGAAGACGGGAAAACGAUUUCUUCUAAAAUAAAGUCCAUGAUGUGUGUUAUACAUAAUCUGUCAUAAAUAAUUGAUUAAUACAAAUUGUGAACAAAUCCCCCAUUGAUAAGCAUUCUAAUACAAUCAAGAAGGGGUGAAAAUGUUCUGAUGUAUGAGAGAAUAUUUUUGAACAACGUACAAUGUAAUGAGUUACUUGAUGCCAUUCCAAACUUGUUAUUAUUUUAAGACCGUAAAGAUAGGUACCUCUUCAAGGUAUUUGGUUAUUAUAGAUUAAGAUCAACUGUUUAGGGAUAAUGUUCAAAUACAUGUUCUUGAUAUUCUGUUACCAAAUUAUGUACUCAUUUCUAUCCCAAAUUCAAAAAGGAGGCUACGUGCCGUUUUCAAUUGAAUCUGUUUUCAAGCAGAGAUGCAAUAUUUUUAGCUUAACUAAAAACAAUAAAUUUUGGAAUAUUAAAUUGACAAAAUAUUGAAUUAUCCAUUAGAAUCAGAAUAAGCUUGAACAGUUGGAAUAACUGUAAUGAUUGAAAAGUUUUUGUUUAGCUUUACAAUUUUCAUCAUUCUCCAAAGUUGAUAGACAGUCAAAUCAACUGGGAAUCGUCAAGUCAUUAAUCCACAACUACAUCAGUGACGUUUCAUAUUAGUCUACCAAAUUCAUAUUAGUCUACAAAUUGAAAACAAAAAAAACUAUAUUCACGUAAUGAAAAUCUGAGGUCAAUAGAUAUUUCAUUUUGGAAAUAUAUGUUAUAAAUAUUAUUUUUUUGGGAUAUGAACUUAAUAAUUAUGUGAAUCGUAAAAACAUUAUGUCAAGUUCAAAACCGACGAUUAUUACGGUUUCCCCUCCCAUAUUUUCACAGUCUAGAAUGAAGUUAUUAGAUGAUCAACAAUGACAAUAAAUCCAAAUCCAUUAGUUUCUGUGAAGAUGUUUAAAUUAUCUUUUGUUGAACUUGUUAAUGUUCUUAACAUAGUUUUGAUAGUCCCUAUAGAUUAGCUAGAUGAAAAAACAGAACCAGUACUAUACACUGCAACCCGAAAAACAUUUAUACAGUACCAGAGAAAUAAUGUACCCAUAUAGGAAAUAUAUUAUCCAUAUUAUUACAUUUUUAUACCACUCUAAUCAUCUUUUAAAAAGAGUAUAAAAGUAAUCAGUAUUUUUUUAUUAUAAAAUAUUGAAUUAUUUUUUCUUGAGUGAAGAUAUUCAUAUUGUGAAAGGUAUUUUUGGUGAAUAAUAUCCUGAUGUUGAAUUUUGUACAGUAUUUUUCAAGAAAAAGAUGAUUAUAGAUAAUAGCCCAAUUAAUGUGGUCGUUCAAAAGUUGGAAAUUAUUACCGUAUAUAAUGGUAGUGCUAGAAUCUCCUAUUCAAUUUUUAUAAUCAACUCUAAUUAUCAAAAUUAUUGUAAGUUUGCAAGACAAUUAUUAAUUGAUUUAUCUCCACAAACUAUCUAUCACAGAGUAAAUUUAUGACAAUGAAUAUGUAUGGUAGCCUAUUCUGAGUUGGAGUUAUUGAAAAUAAUUAUGGUUCUCAACUUCUUGGUUCAACUUAUUUGAAGUUGUAGAGGGUGAAAGUUGCAGAUAUGACGAGUGUAACAACUAUUUAAUAUAUUAAUGUUAUCGGAAAAUGAUAGGUAUUUUUUGGAAUAAUUGGAUUCUGUGUUUUCGGAGAAAGAAAGUUUUUUCGGUAAUUAUAAUGUCAUGAGCACAUUAUUUCUUUAGUCACUUUUAAUGAUUUUAUCACGACAUAGCAGUCCAAUUGUAUUUAAAAUGAUAAUGUGGUUAAUAGAAAUAUUACUCACCAUGUGCUGAAAAUAACAAAAGUGAAAAUAAAGAAAAAAAUUAUUCAAUUCAGAAAUUGAAGUGUAUUUAUAUUUUUGUUGCAGCAGUACUAUUAAUCCGUUUAAAAAUGGCAUAUAUUAUCCAUGUAUCUUUAUAUGUAACAAUUCACGGCCGUCUCAUAUGAAAUUCUUGAGAAGAUAUUAUUAUUGUGAUAACCCCCUAUAAUAUUAUAGGUAGGCUAUACCUACUAAUAUUAUAAUUGUCAUCCAUUAUAGCGGAAAUAAGACAAAAUUCUUAGUUUAUAAGACUUGUGGUAGAAGCAUUAUAUCAAGUAGUACGUAUUGUUUUGUGAGUUAUAGAUGAAUCAUUUACAUUUGUUGCUUUAUUGUUCAAUAUUUUGAUCUUAUGUGUUUAUAACAUUCCAAGAUAUGAUAAUCAUCUCUGAUGAAUAUUUUGUAAUCAGCAUCGAUGAGUUUCUAUUGUCUAAGCUAGUUGAUCAUAUUUGAUUAUUGAUAAAUUUAAUAUUUGAUUAGUGGAAUGUAAAGAAUUCAUGUCCUCAUGAUGUUUAAAAUUGCAUUUGUACAUGUAAAUAUUUUGAUUUUUUGAUGUUUAUGACAGUGUUAUGAGGAUUCAUUGUCAUAUUAUGUGAGAGAUUAUUCAAGUAUAAGAGCUUUUAAAAGUGUUACCCUUCCAAGAAACAGUGUGAUGUUUAUACUGUAUCAUCUAAAAUGUGCCUGUAUAAAUUUCCGAAGUACCGUCGUAUCGUAUAGUAUACAGCAUACUCAAUAGAAAUCCACGCAUUUAUGAUAUUCUCUAUAAUGUAUUGCUGAAUGGAAUUAAUAUUUAUAUUAUAUUGUUGUACAUCAUGUUAUAAGAGUAUUCAUGUGUAUUUUCCUCGUGAAGGAAAAUGUUGAAGUAUUUUUAUCAAUAAUUUAUUUGUUAAGAAUCGUGAAGGACGAGUGUAAAAUCUACGAUAAAGUAAUUGAAUUAAUCAAUGCUAUUUUAUGUAAAAAUGUUAUCAAUUCAAGAGCUGCUGUAUAGACUACCUUUCAAAAUAAAAAUAAAAAUGAAGAUGAAGCUCCUAUACCUAAUCAGGGUAGUAGUUUCUCAAAAACUAAUUUUCAUAUUUUACGAAUUUACCGAAUAUUACCAUACUUCAAAAAUUAAAUCAAUAAUAAAGAAAAAAAAAUCUGAUCUAAAAAGCUACUUCAAUAAUUACUUAGACUAUUGGAAUUGAUAUUCCCUCUUUUUCUCCCACCAGAAUUGAGAAACUUGGAAAUCCUAAAUACUGUCUCCAACCCACCGAAUUUAUGGCAAAUAAUAAAAAUAAACUUUUAGUCAUUGAAUGUUUUAUGUAAUAAUUCACAUAUAAAGUGAGGAGAUUCUGUGAUUAGUAUUUUAUUUGAAUGUUGGAGUGAUUUUACACGCACAAAAUCUUGAUUAUUGGAAUCAGAGUCGUUAUUGAAAAUUAAUGAGGGAAACAUAAUAUUCCAACAGUACCUGAAUAAUAAUCCACUUCAUAGGAAAAAUGAAAAUAGUAACUUAAUGGUUACAUAAAAUGUUUAUGAUUUACGGUAUCGUUGAAAAAGUCUUGAUAUAAAAUUUUCUAUAUGUGAAUAUCAACUAGUGAUGUUCAUUUACUCAUGACUGGAGAAGCAUUUAUUGAUAAUUCAACAGAAAUAUCUCUGUACCUGAACUAUUCACAUAAUAUUAUUGUACCGUACUGAUGAAUGAAUUUUUUGUUUUUAUGGAGGACUAAGUUUAUAUGAAUUCAUACUUUGAUGGACGAUUAAUAGAUGUGAGACAUUGAUGAUGAUAAUAAUAUCUGUAGUCAAGUGUUUUUCAUUUCCUUACAAUAAAUUUAUCAUUUUUAUAGAAAUUGAGUUUUCUGUAAUAUCAAUUAGUGUCUCAAGCCUAAUUUCAUUUGUCUCAAGCCUACCCAACUAGAGGAGCAUUGAGACAAAAAAAAA